UUUUAUGAAAGUGUGUUCAUGUAUUAAAACUGCCUGUGCUACGGAUAAUUUAAAAAAAUGAAUUUUGUGUGUUCAAUCAUUCAGUGCUGGUCUCGAAGCCUGGCAUUCUAACCACGCUAUAUUAUAAUCAGCAGAACUGCAGUAAUAAAUAAAAUGGUGACUGUGUAUUCACAUUGCUCGAUGUUCUUCCAUUAAUUAAGAUCUAUGAUAUAUGUGUCAGUGAUUCAACUCCACCAUGGAAAGAUUUGUCAAGGAAAAAUUGCGGACGGAGAAAACGCUGGAGAAGACUCUCGAUUAUAUCUCACAGAAAGAACGGAAUGUGAUCGCCAAACAUGACAGGAGGUCUCGUGACCUAGGACUUGAACUGACCAACAUUAAGAAGACUACUCUUGAUCUGGACUACUUUGAAGCCUUGACUCCAAGGCCCUCGGGUCCAAGAAGAGGCUCUCUCCCACAAAUAGAAAGUGAAGUAACCAAGUCACCACUCAGUCGGCGGCGACUUAGCAUUGCCGCCAUCCCUGUGACUCCAAAGAGCACUAUCAAACCACCAUUGGCCUCAAGUGAGAAAAUCAAGCCAAGCAACAGCUCAGAGGCACCAUCUCUAGCAGAAAAUGGGAGAGGCAUUAAAACAUUAGACACACAAAAAACGGUGCCAUCCCAAACAAAUAACAGAAUUGUUACCAACGCCACCAAAGAAGCCCCAUAUACAAACAGUGAAUUCAACAGCCAAGCAGUUUUACCGAAAAUAGAAAAACAGAGCUUACCGGAAGCAGCGAAUCGUCAACGGGGCGCGCAGAGCUCGGCGACAAUUGUAUUUAAACACGAAGAUGCUGAUAUAAAAAACAGAGAAACCGGAAGCACUUCAACAGACGAUGAGGAAGAGGAAAAGAAACUUCGACUGAUAAGAGCUCGCGCAAGACGCUCAUCGGAGCCGAACAUCAGCAAACAUUUUGUAAUGGCAUGGCAGAACGGUUUAGGCGAAGCUGUCGCAAGGUCUUACGAGGACGGCGAUAAAGCCAAACAGAUGAAUCACCAUUUAGAAAUAGUUACAGAGCAAGAUGAGACCGAAACCGAAGUGGAGACUCGAAAAGAAGACCCCGCUCAACUGAAAACGACCAAAAACUUAGCUGGCGUUUCCAACGCCACGCAGGGUCCAGAUUAUCCCCGUCAACGGCGGAAAUCUGAAGGAGACAUAUUAAAGGCGGCUCCUCAAUUGAUUCGCCUUAAAGGAAUGGCUAAAUAUGGACAAAUGUACCCGAAGAAGACUGCCAAUGACGAAGUAUGGGACUCGGUCCGCAAAUGUAGAUACAUUCGAGGUUAUGACCCUCCCGAAAUGACGCAACCAGCAGACGUCAAUCAAUUUGUCUUUGGCAAAGGGAAGUAACCCAAGCUUAAUCUGUUUUGAACUACAGCAUUUUAACUUUUACUUCCCUUUUAACAAUUAUUAUUUUGUUCAUUAAAAAUUGUUUUCAUACA